AUGAAGUUCUCCGCUGCUGUCCUCGCCAUCGUCGCCGCCACCGGCGUCUCUGCCGCUCCCGCCGCGAGCGACUCCGUCUCCAUGAUGGCCGCGACCCCCCAGUGGACCAUCCGCGACGCCAAGCGCUACUGCCGCGCCGACGACUCCAUCUGCAACUGGAAGUUCGGCAUCGACACUGGCAACGGCAAGGUUGUCGAGUGCCGCCACGACGUCAAGGGCCCCAAGGCUUCCCAGAAGGCCUCUGCCGGCCCCUCCACCUGCGGCGACUUCACCGUUACCUCUGGCUGGAGCGGCCAGUUCGGUCCCGGCAACGGCUUCACCACUCUUUCCGUCGUCAGCAAGAGCAAGCGCCAGAUCAUCUGGCCCGCUUACACCGACAAGCAGCUUGCCGGUGCCAAGAUUGUCAAGCCCGAUCAGUCCUACGCCCCUGCUGCCCUCCCCAAAUAG